AUGCUCGCGCCGUGGCAGCGCCUGGACGCAGUCCGGACAUUUGUCUACCCGGCGCUGAACUUCGCGAUGAGGUGCGGCGUCCUGACCAAAACCGAUUGGCGCCGCCUGGACGACGCCGUUCGUCCCCUGAUCAAGAGGACACUUUACCUGCCGGCGAACGCAUCCAACGGAUACGUCUACGGGAGUUCCCGUGCCGGUGCUGCAGCCAUUCCUGACGCCGCGGAGCUGAGCGACGUGUGUCGCAUUGAUAAUGCGUUCAAGCUCAUCACGUCCUCCGACCGCGAGCUCCGGGACAUGGCGUUCCGGGAUCUCUACGCCAUCGCAGAGGCUCGCCUAGGCUGGGACCCCACCCGGGCAGAGGUUGAGGCGUAUCUGGCUGGAGCGACCGAGGCCGCCUUCCGAGCGCCCGCGAGCCAACUACGCUCCGUUUGGACGGAGGCCCGCAAAGCCUCCCGACGUCUCCAGGUCGCCUGGUGCUUGGAUCCCGAGGACCCGCGCAUCACCUGUGGGGACGCCAACAUCACCUCCGCCCACCGCAACCGGGUAAUGCGAUCCAUCCGCGAAGUCGUCUCUGCGGAUCGGGACCGCGCUCUGCAAGACCAGCCUAACCAGGGGACGGUGAUGGCGUGCGUGGCGGCGGAUCCAGCUAGCUCCCACUUCCUCCGUACCGGCGCCUUCACCACCUUUGCAGACUGGCGCUUCAUACACCGCGCCAGACUCAACCUGCUACCCCUGAACGGCGCCCGCAUGUGGGACUCCGGAGGGCGUGACCAGCGCUGUAGGAAUUGCGGCUACAGCCGCGAGACCCUACCGCACGUCUUGUGCCAUUGCCUUCAGAGGAGUCCCGCUAUACGGCCCGCCACAACGCGGUUGUCGCCCGCCUUCGAGCUGCUGCCUCGCCGCGGUUCACGGUGGCCUUCGAAAAUCGCCCGGUGGGCGACACGGCUCUUCGGCCAGACCUGGUGCCCGCAACGAGAAGCUGGCCAAGUAUGA